AUGGUUACGGUCCUAAUGACCGUCAAAUUCGGGUCGUAUUCACUUGGAUAUGUGAUCCCUGAGAUCGCGACUGUUAUUAAUGCGCUCGGGCAAGCAGGAGGAAUUAUGGAGAUUAUUGAUUCGAACCUCCUCUUCGGCAACCCCAACGCCACCGACAAGGACAUCAACUCGGCACUCAAAAAGGCGAAUGCACUCGGGUUCAUUAACGAGUUUCCGGAGGGCCUGAAGACGCUCGUUGGAGACCGUGGUACACAAAUGUCUGGUGGCCAAAAGCAGAGGAUCGCCAUAGCCCGAGCCCUGCUGAGGGACCCGAAAAUUUUGCUCCUCGAUGAAGCCACCAGUGCUCUUGACGCGGAGAGCGAGACUGUCGUGCAGCAGGCCCUGGAAAAUGCGAGCCGCGGUCGCACCACAAUUGUGAUCGCACAUCGGCUAUCCACGAUUCGAAAUGCCGACAAAAUUGUGGUGAUUCGACAUGGAGAGAUUGUUGAAACCGGGCGGCACAGUGAACUGAUGGAAGCUAGAGGACAUUACUUCGACCUGGUCAACGCGCAAGUUUUCGCUGAUGUCGAAACCACGCCCACCAAGACCAACUAUCUACGCCAGCGAAGCAGUCGAUUUUCGACUGGAAGCGAUUCUGUAGAUGACAACGACCCGGCGCACAGGAAUUUGGAUACCAUCGAUGAGCACGAGUCGGAGAUGGAUCGGGAACCCUAUAUCCACUUUAUGGGCUCUUCUACACCAAGGCUUUUGAGAUCUUCUCCGAGCCCGACCAAGAACUUAUGCGAUAUCGUGGUCAUAUGGCUGCCCUGGCAUUUUGCUGAUGAUGGUGUUGGACCUAACGUUCCCGUCGUUAGGGGUACGGCAAUCGGCUUCGGCGUCGUGGCGAGUCGUGUGACGGAGCGGUUGAGAAGCUUGACUUUUCGAAACGUGCUCAGCCAAUCCGCCGCCUAUUUCGAUUCACCGAAACAUUCGGCUGGGAAAAUCUCAACCCGAUUGGCGACUGAUGCCCCGAAUAUCAAACAGGCCGUCGACCUGAAGCUCGGGCAACUUCUGCGAGGUAUUGUCGCCCUGCUGGCCGGACUUGCCGGAGCUUUCUACUUCUCCUGGCACAUGUCGUUGCUCAUGCUUACCAUCAUCCCGAUCAUCACGAUCGCCGAGUACUUCUGGGAGAAGAGCUUUGGCAAGGAUACGGUAGAAGAUAUGAGGCUGAUGGAGGCUAGCGGAAAGGUAGCAAUGGAGUCUAUAGAAUCGAUUCGUACUGUCCAUGCCCUUCUCUACAAGGCGUUAUGCAUUCGAAAUAUUGUGCUU